CCGCCCACAGAGUGCGCCAAGGCAGGCCCUGUCCUCUGUGGGGUAUGGAGAGGAGGAACUCAGGGUGCUGUGAGGCCCCAGGGAAGCUGGGGCUGUCCUUCUCCAUCGAGGAGAUCUUAAAGAGACCCACCGAAAAGAGCCAUGUGGUCAGACCGGAAGGGGCAGGUGGACAGGGCACCAGGCAAGCAGCAGCUGUGAGCUCCAGGCCAGAGGGGACCCCGCAGGCCCAGCCCCAGGAGGAGAGAAAGAGCAAGAGGAGGGUCCGAACCACCUUCACCACCGAGCAGCUGCAUGAGCUGGAGAAGACCUUUCACUUCACCCACUACCCAGAUGUCCACAUCCGCAACCAGCUGGCAGCCAGGAUCAACCUCCCAGAAGCUCGGGUGCAGAUCUGGUUCCAGAAUCAGCGCGCUAAGUGGCGGAAGCAGAAGACCGGCAGCCCUGGGGCGCCGCAGCCGCCUAGCGAGGCCGGCGAGGCCCUGACCACGCACCUGGAUGUGGCCGGCCCGGUAAGGUCGCCCUCCGCUCUGCCCAGGCCGGCUCCGCCCAUGGUAGGUUAUCCACCAGCUCAAGGUCAGCUGGCCUCUGCGUGGCUUCCUGGACAGGUCACCCUCCUCCCGCGCCACCUGUGGGAGGUACAGCCUCUCCCAGGCCCUCUCAUCCAGCCCACCUGCCUCCCUGCUUUCUGCUUCCUUCCGCCUGUGAACCUCAAAUGGGGCAGCCUCUGUGCCACCUUGACGUAGGGAUGGAAGAACCUCUGGCCAGCAGCACAGCUCUCCUCUCCAGGUGAAGACACCUGGCUGGAGGAAGGGAGCCCAGGCCUCUGGGGGAAGCCUCCCUGAGCACGCCCCUAAAGGUGGCAUCGGACUCAGCGGCAAAGGGACACCCCAAGAUGAACUCGACCAAGGAGGGCAUCCACUUGGAUUUGUGUUUCCUCUAACUCACUGUGUGACCUCCAGCUGGUUACUCCCCCUCUCUGGACCUCCCCUAAAACACGAGGCAGUUGGACAAGAUGACUUUCGAGGGCCCUCUGGCUCUUCGUUGGUGAGGUGAACUGUCAUGAGAACAGAGGCAUACAGGAGGCCAAGGGGAGGCGUUUAUUCAUUUAUGCACGACACAUUUACUGAGCACCUGCUGAGUUCUCCACAAACGGAACUGAACAGCUGAGGCUCCGCCCCCCCGCCCCACAUGUGCCCCCCGCCCCAGGAAGCUCAGUCCAGGUUGGCCAAAAAGAUUGCGGGGAGUGGGCUACCCCGGCAAGCAGGACACCACUCUGUGACCUUGCAGUUGGCCACGCCCAGCGAACUCUGGAUGGCUUUGAUGUGAAUGUACCAAGUGGGAGAGAAAUAUGAGGAAAGGUUUUUUUUUUGUUUUAAUUAAAACAGAAUUGAGUGUCUUUGCUUAUUCUGCUGGACUGGGGAGGGAUGUUGUAUUUCUGGUCUGAAUAAAGGUCAUGG